GUCUCUCUCUGUCAAGUAAAUAAAUAAAAUCUUUAAAAAAAAAAAAAUGACAGAAACUUUGUAUCCUCACUGAGGUGUGAACUGAACCUUCCUCAGGGUGAUUGGGUUUAAAAUGCCAGCACUUGUGAAAAUGGGGUCUGAGGUCCUUUUUGGGAGUUGUGCUUCCUGGUAAUUUUGUACCAUGCUACUCCUGCUAUGAGAAACCCUCUGGGAAGAUUAGGGAUCCCCUAGGAUGUGUGUUGGUGGGGGGAAAUUCCUAUCUCCCUUGUGAAUUUUAUUGGAAUAAAAAAUUGCAAUGCAUUUUGCAUCUCCCGUGCAUUUUGCAUUCACUUCAUAAGAAUAUAAAUAAUCUGUUUAUUGAUUUAUGGUACCACAAUUAAGGUGCAUUCAAUCUGUAACUUUUAUUCAAAAGCCUCUAUUCUACUGUAUAUUCUAGCAUUUGCAUCAUGAAGAUUGGUCUUAGUCCACAGAAGAAAUAAAGGCAGGGGGGAGGAAGAAGGAAUGAAGAGAGAAAAAGUAACAAAGAUUUUCUUAAAAACACCUUUCGUUUGCAUGUGACUUUAUAAAAUAAUCCCCUCCCCACCACGCAAACAAAACGGUAGUUUGGAAAGCAGUGAUGGAAUUUUAUGUUUAACUUUAAGAAAUCUAGAAGUGUGUAUUUCUUCGUAAAACUUUAAAAAUGUAAUCCUAUUAAUAGAGAAAAUUAUCUUCUCAAGCUUCAAUCACCUUAUUUAUAAGAAGAACUUGGACUAAAUUAUUCUGUAAAUCUUAACUCGAGCUAAUCAACCAAGCUUUGCAAUUUCUUCAUAGUUAUUGUUCUGAAAAUUCAUAGUGUUAUUUAUUCUAAGGACUUUCAACCGUAGUUUCUCCGUUGGAGAAGCAGUUCAAAGUCAUUUUGAGCUCCGUUAAACUCAUUGCUUAGAGCUGUGAUUACUUUCAUGUCCUAAUUAAAUGGGCAAAUCUGUCUCCUGCAUCUUGUUUGGGAAGUCACAAGCAAUCAAGAGCAGGUUGGUGUUAUGACUGAUGAGCAUCAUUCGUUGAUUUCUCCUGUCCAAUAACGUGUAUGUAAUACUGGUUUUUUUUGAAUUGUCGUAUGGCAGAGGAUAUACUUUCUCGGUAGCAGGGUAAUGGAAAGGGAUCGUUAAAUGAAAAGAUUGCAUGCUUUGUCUCUGAGAGAAUGUUUCAUCUGCAACAGCAACAUGACAGACAUACCAUGUGCCUGUUACUAUAGAACCGAAAAGCCCUUUCCAGCUGUUUACACUUCGGAUGCAAAAUGGCAAUUUGACAUAGACUAACAGUGUGAUGUAGCAUCUGCGUAAAAAGGCUACAUAUGGAGCAUGCCCAGUGCGGUGAGUGCGUCCUCCGCCCUCCCCCUCCAGAUCUCUGAAGAUAAGGCUUGAACUUUGCACUUGCAAAUGUCACUGCAUACGUUCUGCACUAGGUUUUUUUUUUUUAAAGGUUCUCUUACAACUAAUUUCCUGUAACAAUCCCAGAGCAGAGAAGAGAAUAUUUAGAGUGAUGAGAUGCAUCAAGUUUAGAACGAGUUGAUGCCUGUCUUUGAAUGCACUUGAAGUGUUCUUUAUUUUUUAAAGCAAUAUAAGGCAUUCGAGUGUUUGUUUUCUAUCUCCCCGACCCCCGGAAGGGGAAAAUAAGAAUCUCCUUGGAUCGGAGUCCUCCGGGGUAGGGCGUGAAAGCCCCGGGGGCAGGAAGGGACGGAGAAGAGGGGCUUGCCCAGAGCAUGGAUAGGAAAGGAGCCGGGGCGCUCCAGGGCUCAGCGCGCACUGAGGAUCUGUGCCCGGGGCUGCAGCUGCGGAUGAGAAAGGCGCUGUCUGGCUAAUGAAGGCCACCUGGAUCAGGCUUCUGAAAAGAGCCAAGGGAGGAAGGCUGAAGAAUUCGGAUAUCUGUGGUUCGGCAGACUCCUACACCAGCCGUCCAUCCGAUUCAGAUGUUUCUUUGGAGGAAGAUCGGGAGGCAGUGCGCAGAGAAGCAGAGCGACAGGCCCAGGCCCAGUUGGAAAAGGCAAAGACAAAGCCCGUUGCAUUUGCUGUUCGGACAAAUGUCAGCUAUAGUGCAGCCCACGAAGAUGAUGUUCCAGUGCCAGGCAUGGCCAUCUCCUUCGAAGCAAAAGAUUUUCUGCAUGUUAAGGAAAAAUUUAACAAUGACUGGUGGAUAGGACGAUUGGUGAAAGAAGGCUGUGAAAUCGGCUUCAUUCCAAGCCCGGUGAAACUAGAAAAUAUGAGGCUGCAGCAUGAACAGAGAGCCAAGCAAGGGAAAUUCUACUCCAGUAAAUCAGGAGGAAACUCAUCAUCCAGUUUGGGUGACAUAGUACCUAGUUCCAGAAAAUCUACACCGCCAUCAUCAGCUGUAGACAUAGAUGCUACUGGCUUAGAUGCAGAAGAAAAUGAUAUUCCAGCCAACCACCGCUCCCCUAAACCCAGUGCAAACAGUGUAACGUCACCCCACUCCAAAGAGAAAAGAAUGCCCUUCUUUAAGAAGACAGAGCACACUCCUCCUUAUGACGUGGUACCUUCUAUGCGACCAGUGGUCUUGGUGGGCCCCUCUCUGAAGGGGUAUGAGGUCACAGAUAUGAUGCAAAAAGCGUUGUUUGAUUUUUUAAAACACAGAUUUGAAGGGCGGAUAUCCAUCACAAGGGUCACGGCUGACAUCUCGCUCGCCAAGCGCUCAGUGUUAAACAAUCCCAGCAAGCAUGCAAUAAUAGAAAGAUCCAACACAAGGUCAAGCUUAGCGGAAGUUCAGAGUGAAAUCGAAAGGAUUUUUGAACUUGCAAGAACAUUGCAACUGGUAGUCCUUGAUGCGGAUACUAUUAAUCAUCCAGCUCAACUCAGUAAAACUUCUUUGGCCCCUAUUAUAGUAUAUGUAAAGAUUUCUUCUCCUAAGGUUUUACAAAGGUUAAUAAAAUCUCGAGGGAAAUCUCAAGCUAAACACCUCAAUGUCCAGAUGGUGGCAGCUGAUAAACUGGCUCAGUGUCCUCCAGAACUGUUUGACGUGAUCUUGGACGAGAACCAGCUCGAGGAUGCUUGUGAGCACCUUGCCGACUAUCUGGAGGCCUACUGGAAGGCCACCCACCCUCCCAGCAGCCAUCUCCCCAACCCUCUCCUUAGUCGUACUUUAGCCACUUCAACUCUGCCCAGUAGCCCCACUCAAGCCUCUAAUUCACAGGCUUCUCACGGCGAUCAGAGGACUGAGCGCUCGGCUCCUGCCCGGGCUGCCUCCCAAGCUGAAGAGGAACCCUGCCCGGAACCCGUCAAGAAGCCCCAGCACCGGUCCUCUUCCUCCGCCCAGCACCACAGCCAUCGCAGUGGAACAAGUCGAGGCCUCUCCAGGCAGGAGACAUUUGACUCCGAAACCCAGGAGAGUCGAGACUCUGCCUACGUGGAGCCGAAGGAAGAUUAUUCCCACGAACACGUGGACCACUAUGCCCCCCACCGAGACCACAACCACCGAGAUGAGCCCCACGGGAGCAGUGAGCACAGACACAGGGAGUCUCGGCACCGUUCCAGGGACCCGGAUAGAGAGCAGGACCACAACGAGUGCAACAAGCAACGGAGUCGGCAUAAAUCCAAGGAUCGCUAUUGUGACAAGGACGGAGAAGGCAUCUCCAAAAAACGGAACGAGGCUGGGGAGUGGAACAGGGAUGUUUACAUCCGCCAGUGACUUUUGC